UUAAUGGAUGGGCUGAAUCACACCCAGGUGACUCAUUUUGUGUUCUUGGGUCUGACGAAGAACCACAGGCUCGAGCUGACUUUGUUUGUCAUCUUCUGCAUUAUGUAUCUGCUCAUCCUAGCAGGCAACCUGCUCAUCAUGGUCACGGUGGCUUCCGACCGCCGCCUCCACACCCCCAUGUACUUCUUCUUGGGCAACCUCUCCUUCAUCGACAUCUGCCACUCCUCGGUCACGGCCCCCAAGAUGCUCUCGGAUUUCCUGUCCCUCCAGAAGACCAUCUCCUUCAACGGCUGCAUGGCCCAGCUCUUCUUCCUCCACCUCUGCGCCUGCGCGGAGAUCUUCCUCCUCACCGUCAUGGCCUACGAUCGCUACGUAGCGAUCUGCCACCCGCUACAAUACAUGUCGCAUAUGAGUCUGAAGGUUUGCGCCUGGCUGGUGGGCGCCCUCUGGGUGGGGGCGACGGUCCACUCGGUGGUGCAGACGGUCCUCACGAUUCAGCUCCCGUAUUGCGGGCCGAACGUUAUAGACAGUUUUUUCUGUGACGUUCCUCCAGUCAUCAAGUUGGCCUGCACUGAUACGUACUUGACAGGGGUUCUCAUCGUGUCCAACAGUGGCUUGAUUUCGCUGGCCUGUUUCUUGGCCUUACUGGUUUCCUAUAUAAUAAUCCUGGUGUCACUAAGAGGCCGGACCGCCGAGGGGCGACGCAAGGCUCUCUCCACCUGUGCAGCACACUUGCUUGUCAUGGCUCUGUUUCUAGGGCCGUGUAUCUUUCUCUACACCCGCCCUGCCGGCAGCUUAUCAGCGGAUAAAGUGGUGGCAGUUUUCUACACGGUGGUGACUCCCGUGCUAAACCCAAUGAUUUACACUCUGAGGAAUGCAGAGGUGAAGAAUUCCAUGAAGAAGCUGAGAGACCGGAUGGUCUUUUCCUUGGGGGUGUAAACAGAAGUAUUUUUCAUACAGGACUCAGGCCCCGUCCACACAUGCAGAAUAAAUCACUUUCAAUCCACUUUCAAUGCACUUUGAAGCUGGAUUUUACUGUGCGGAAGAGCAAAAUCCACCUGCAAAUAAUUGUGAAAGUGGAUUGGAAGUGCAUUAUUCUGCAUGUGCGGAAGGGGCCGGGCAUAUGGUGAGAAGGAAUCUAACCCAGGAGGGACAUCAACGCAGUGUGUUCCAAUACUGAAAGAUUGUACCUACUACAAGGUGAGAAUUUGGCUUUCAGAGACACUAGGCCAACUCUGAAGGUGUGUUUAUUGGAAGCAAUAGCAACAACAAACUUUUCAUUUCAAAAGACAACAGAACAAAAUAAAACCAACAAAAUCCUAUAACAUUGUACUUCGUGUAGAAGCAGAAGUCUUUACAAAGUAAGUUAAUAAAGCUGUCUGACUAGACAGGUAGCAACCCAAAAAAUGGGUUGUUUUGGUCAAGCCACCAAAACUAUGGUCCUCUCUCCUCAGGAAGAUUCAUCUUUCUCCUUUUAUCAGUAUCUUCCACAAGUGGAUGAAGGCUUUUUCAUAUACUUGGUAUGCCCCCAAUAACAGUUACUGCCCCUUCCCCCUGGUUCUUGUGU